CUAAAAGUGCCUUUGAAUAUAAUACACUCCUUCCAAAAUAUUAUAUCCUUCUCUUUCCAAUGAAAAACUUAUUUAAUUGAAAUCCAAAAACUAUGUACAUAAAUAAUCGACCCCCAAAAUCCAGAGAGAUGAAGGAGGAGGAGAUGACAAGCAGAGAUGAAUCGAUCCCCCGAUGACACCAUCACGCGGAGCAUAAUCUGGUCGAAGAUUCGUUCUUUCUCCGACAAGAAUGUCAACAUCUGGGUUUCAUCUGUUCCUCGCUCUUCUACAACUCGCAGAAUUGUCAUUUUCGUUGAGAAUUUCUGCAAUUAGAUUGAAAUUUGCAGGAAGGAUAUUGGGUUUUUAGAAGAACGGAGUUGUAGAACAACUGUCCAAGGAAGGUGAUCUCUGAUGAUGAAGAUUAUCAACACGAUGCGAGAGAUUGGAUACCCUCCGUGUUACUUAGCUCCAAAGGAUGAUCAUUUGUCUGGAAUCACUAUAUUUGGAGAAGAGGAAGAUGAGGAGAGGCGUGAGGAAAUAGAGAGUGAGGAAUGGGAAAUCUUGGAGAAAGGAACCCCUCCAGAGCCACAUAUGAAAAUGAAACUGGAGUUCCUUGGAAUCAACGCUCCUUUACCAGAAAACGCAGACGAGUGGCCUUGGGGUGCCGCACCUUCAUAUAAGAGCAUCAGAAGCAACAACAGAUCAUGGCAUCAGAAAAGAACAAGCAGAGGGCAUAAUUAUAGAGACGAUGAUCAGCUCGAUUUUGAAUCAUCGAGUUAUCCAUCGAGAAAUGAUUAUGAGUAUGGCUCAAGAGAUUAUCGUUCUAUAUCAAGAAGCCCACGCAUCGAAAGAAGUAAGAGGGAUUAUUCUUAUGAUCCUGAUUUUCGAGACAGAGACAGAAACAGAGAUAGGAACAGAGACGGAGAAGGGACAGGGACAGGGACAGAGAUAGGGAUAUGGAUAGGGACAGAGACUGGGACCGGGACAGAGACUUGGAUAGGGACUGGGACAUGGAUGAUCGUGAUUGGUGUAAUAGCUUAA